AUGUGGCUCAAAGGCCCACAACUUCUCUGGCAGCCAGAUCACACACCGGAAACAAACAACGGUCAACAGACUUAUGACAUCAGUGAUGAAGAUCCUGAAGUGCGCAACAAAUCUUGCGUGUUUGCAACAGACAUCAAAAAACGCAAACCAAGUCCAGAUAACCCGUCUGGCCACCUAGGCUCUAAAAGGUUUCUAAGGUUCUCGUCAUGGACCUCCCUCAGACGAGCAGUAGCAAACCUUAUACUGAAGAUACAGUCCUACAAGACUAAUUGUAAAGAAGUUACCGAUGUAAGACUUACACCCAAGAUCCUGGAACGUGCAGAGAAUCAUAUACUUCGCACAGUACAAAAGGACGCUUUUCCCAAGGAACUCAAAAAAUUAUCGCCAACAGACACUGGUGGUAAUGAGUUGAGAAAAGAUAGCCCUCUCUAUCGACUGAAUACAUUUAUGGAUGAAGAUCAACUACUCCGUGUUGGUGGAAGAAUUCGCAGAGCAGAUCUCGAACUAUCCAGUUGCCAUCCAAUAGUAUUGCCAAAGAACAAUCACAUCUCACAACUCAUCGUAGAACAUGUGCACCAAGAAACACAACACCAAGGCCGACAUCUCACACUGGCUGCAGUAAGAGCCAAAGGCUACUGGAUACUUGGUUUGUACAACCUAGUACGCAGCAUAUUACAUAAAUGCACAACAUGUAGAAUAUUACGAGCAAAACCGUUGACUCAAGUAAUGGCAGACCUACCUGCAGACGGAAUGGCUAACACCCCACCUUUCACUAACGUCGGUAUGGACGUCAUUGGUCCGUGGAACAUAGUAUCUAGGAGGACCAGAGGCGGAGCAUCAGGAGUUAAACGAUGGGCAGUUAUCUUUGUUUGUCUAUACACAACAGCAAUACACAUAGAAAUAAUUGAUUCAAUGGACACUUCUGCAUUCAUAAACGCUCUUCGUCGUUUCAUGGCCAUCCGUGGUCCUGUUAAAAGACUGCGUUGUGAUCAAGGCACGAAUUUCAUAGGUGCAAAGAAUGAGCUCAAUGCCGCCAUCAAGGAACUUAACCAGAAGCAGAUACAGAAGUUCCUUACAUACCACAAAUGUGAAUGGAUUCUGAACCCACCCCAUGCUUCACAUUUUGGAGGCACAGUGAGACGUAUUCUAGAAUCCAUGCACGUACAGCUUGGAAGACCACAGUUCACACAUGACACUCUCACGACCCUCAUGGCGGAAGUAUGUGCUGUGGUCAAUGCGAAGCCUAUAACCACCAUACCGUCUGAUGCCAAUGAUCCACAAGCACUUAGUCCAGAUAUGAUCCUGACCAUGAAACCACACUCGCUGCCCCCACCCCCAGGAGAUUUUGUACAACAAGACCUCUACAGUAGAAAGCAGUGGCGACGUACACAAUAUCUAGCCGAUCAGUUUUGGAUUCGGUGGCGGAAAGAAUUUCUGCAGAUCCGUCAAACAAGGCGCAAAUGGAAUGAAACAACCCUAAACAUCAAGGAAGGUGACAUUGUUCUGCUACGUGACAAAGAACACUGUCGAAACAACUGGCCACUAGCUCGCAUAAUCAAGGUGUACCCCAGUGACGACAACCUAGUGAGGAAAGCUGACGUGAUGGUCUGUCGUGAUAACACCAGACGUGUCUACCAAAGGCCGAUUAGUGAACUUGUUUUAAUUCAGAGAAACAACAAGAUGGACAUUUAA